UGUAAACUUACUUUCUCUAUAGCUGUUCGUUUUCGAAACAGAUCUUCUAUACAAACUAGAUGAGGGUUUAGUAAUCGAAUGGCAAUGAAAAAACAUUACAAUAUUUGGACUCUAUAAUAGAGGCCAUUAUCGUCACUACCACGAACCUUUAUGUUCGAUGGGAUUGAAUGCCAAAGCGACUUUCUUCUACUGCUAGUAUGAAUCCAAUUUUAUAUCCUGAAGAAGAAAGAUUUCCACCAUUGUUUGAGAAAAACAUGUGACACCCAUUUUUCACACGGGAAUCUGGACUUGAACCACCUUUCUUUUUCUUUUUUUCUUUUUUUUCCCAUCAUUUUCUCUCUCUUUGAUCUAACUUUUCGUUUUCGUUCCUCUUCCCGUGUUUGUUAUUUUAUUUAUUUAUUUAUUUAUUUAUGAAAUUAAUUAAUCUUUUCUAAGCGAUUUGAGAACUAAAUAGAAAGAUUAUGGAGCAAUUUGAGAGCUAAAUAGAAAGAAGAUGGGAAUGAGAGCUGUAAUUGCACCAAGGAAUUGCCUGAACUUGCAGCACAUAGUCCCUCAAAAUUAUUUACAUUAUAAUGCUUCUUCAAAACCAGCUUCUGCAAUUUCUUUUCCUUCAAAACCCAGUGAAAGAGAUGGAGUACUGGUUUAUGGAUUCCUUGGUUGUCCUUCAGCAUUUUCAUGGUCUGGUCAUUUCAAAGUUCCUAGUGACAAACAAGCCUGCAAUGCCAAUUCUUCUGGUGGGUUCUACGAUGAUGAAUUAUCAAAUCAGACAGAAGAAUUACUUCAAAAUUUUGACAAUGAAGAUGACAAUGCAAGCACAUCAUCGAAAAUCUCCAUGAAUUCCACGUACAAAGAAAGCAAAAAUUGGGAAAGAAGAAGUUUUCCGAGCAUGGAGGUUGAUAUUUUACAGCCUUCAAUGCUUGGCAUUCAGCGUGACCCACCAGAUUGGCCUGAAAGAAGAGAAAUAGUUAGGUUUCUGAGCAUUGAAAUUAAAGCAAAUAGCGUUGAACUUCCUCUAUCCAUUAGGAUGAUAAAGAGGAAGCGAAAACAAUUUGAGGAAAGUUUGAGAGAAGCAGGGGAGUUCACCUGCUGUUCUGUAAACAAGGCCUUCUCUUCCAUGGUGUUCAUCGUCCGCGAACUUCAAAGCUACGCGUUGAGUAUAAGAGGAAGUCUUAACGGUGAAGAUUUGGAAGAGAUCAUAGGAAAAGUGCAGAGAGAAAUCAACGCCUCAUUUCUUUGGCUGUUUCAACAGGUGUUUUCUCGAACACCAUCUCUAAUGAUCUAUGUCGUCGUCCUCGUAGCUAAUUUCAGUGUGUAUUCCAUGGCCGACAACGCUGUUGUUGCAGCGACUCCAUUGCCAGCUUUGACUGAGUCUUUUCUUGAUGAAGUAUCAGAAAAUGAAACAUUGUUUACAGUGGAUCACUCCAAUGGAAGCAAAAGUGGCGGCGGUGGGGACAAAGUUAAUCCAACUGCAAGUGGGACCGAAGGCGGGGACAGGAUCUUGGGGAGAUCAUCAAUUCCAAUCCAAUAUCCAAAAAAUAUUGUUCAGGGUGAGAUGUACGGUGAUUGGUUUGCGAUGGAGUUGAUCAUCAGCAGUGAAGAGGAGAUGAGUUUGUGGGAAUCAAUGGUAGAGGAAGCUUCAAGAAUGAAGGCAGAGUUGAAGGACGAGGCUCUUGAUCAAGAAACAAUGCAUAGACUGGUGGCCCCAGUGUACGUGGAGAUUGAAGCUGAUGAUCGCGAUCUUUACUUCAGAACAGAUCUUUCAUACCAGAUUGGUUUACUUCAAGAUCCUGAUAAUCCUCUUCUUCUAUUUAACUAUGCACAAUUUCUCUACCUUGUAGUUCAUGACCAUGACAGGGCAGAGGAUUGCUUUAGAAGAGCCGUGCAGGUGGAUCAACCAGAUGCUUUAGCUUUGAGCCAAUAUGCAGAGUUUUUGUGGAUGGUCAGGAAAGAUUAUUGGGGCGCAGAAGAGCGAUACCUGGAAGCUAUGGCUGCCGAGCCAAAAAACAGGUAUCAUGCUUCCAAGUAUGCCAACUUCCUAUGGAACACUGGUGGCAGAGACACUUGCUUCCCUCUUGAUAAUGACGACAACUAUGAUAAAGAUUACAAUGCGUAAAAUAAGGUAUCCUUUUUCGAUUCCCAGAACACUAUUUGAGCCUUAAUAAGUCCGUCUUCUCCGAAAGUUAGAUGGACAUCGUUUUCAAAUGAGAUUCAUUAGUUUCAAACAUGAACUUGGCCCCAAAACACAAAAAAAAAAAAAAAAAAAAAAAAAAAAAGGGGGGAAGAAGAAGAAGGAGAAGCAAGUAGAAGAGGCAUUUUGCUGGAUGUUUUUGUCUGGUCAAUGUUGGGAGUUGAGUAAUCUUCAACCCAGUUGCUACAUAGAAUAAAUUAUUUCAAAGUAAAAAUAGUGGACAUACAUUAUAUGAUGGUUCAGAAAUAAUAAUAAUGGGAUUUGAAUCUGCAAAAUUUUUAGAGUUCGAAGAGAAAAGAAAGGAGAUGGAAAUUUGAACACAGUAACAAUGUUUUAAUCCCAUUGAAGACCUUUGUAUUUAUCUCCUCCAGAUUUUCAUUCCACAUAAAUAUUGUAAGAGUAUCAAAACAGAAGAUUGAAUUAGUUUAUUUUCUCUAGUGUUUCUUGUUUACAUUCUCUCUUGAUUGUAAAUAAAUGUUUAUAGGCCUGCUGGUAUGAACAAUAUAACAACUCUU